UGUGCAUCAACAGAUGAUUGAAGACGCGCAUGCAAACGUUUUGCGGCUUUUGUUGUAUUAUUUGCAAAUAAAAGCAAAAUGAGCGAAAAAUCAACACAGCCGCUGCAAGUCGAGCUGAAUUUUGAAGAGGAGGAUGUGCCGUACGAGGAAGAGAUUCUACGCAAUGCGUAUUCCGUGAAGCACUGGCUCCGCUACAUCGAUCACAAGGCUAAGGCUCCCAAUAAUGGCGUUAACUUAGUGUACGAGCGCGCYUUGAAGGAGCUGCCGGGCAGCUACAAGAUCUGGUAUAACUACUUGCGUACGCGUAGGAAGCAGGUGCGGGGCCGCAUUCCCACAGAUCCCAUGUACGAGCAGGUGAACAACACGUUUGAGCGUGCGCUGGUUUUCAUGCACAAAAUGCCACGCAUUUGGAUGGACUAUGGCGUGUUCAUGAGCUCGCAGUGUAAAAUCACACGCACCCGCCACGUUUUCGAUCGUGCGCUGCGUGCCUUGCCCAUCACGCAGCAUGGACGCAUCUGGCCGCUGUACCUGAAGUUUGUGCAGCGUUACGAGAUACCCGAGACGGCGCUGCGUGUCUACAGGAGGUAUUUAAAAUUGUUUCCCGAGGAUGCAGAGGAGUAUGUGGCCUACUUACAGGAGGCACAACGUCUGGACGAAGCGGCACAGCAACUGGCGCACAUUGUGGACAACGAGCAUUUUGUGUCAAAGCACGGAAAGUCAAAUCACCAGCUAUGGAACGAGCUCUGCGAUUUGAUCUCGAAGCAUCCGCACAAGGUGCACUCACUCAAUGUUGAUGCAAUUAUUCGUGGUGGUCUGCGUCGCUACACGGAUCAGUUGGGGCACCUCUGGAACUCUCUGGCUGACUAUUAUGUACGCUCAGGCCUGUUUGAUCGUGCUCGUGAUAUCUACGAGGAGGCCAUACAGACGGUGACCACAGUUCGGGACUUCACUCAAGUCUUCGACGAGUAUGCGCAGUUUGAGGAGUUGUCGUUGAACAAGCGCAUGGAGCAGGUUGCAAAYGAUGAAGACGCCAACGAGGAGGACGAYAUUGACGUCGAGUUGCGUCUCUCGCGCUUCGAGUAUUUGAUGGAACGUCGUCUGCUGCUGCUCAACAGCGUGUUGCUACGCCAGAAUCCCCACAAUGUGCAUGAGUGGCACAAGCGGGUGAAACUGUAUGAGGACAAGCCUGAGGAGAUUAUCAACACCUAUACGGAGGCCGUGCAGACGGUGCAGCCGAAGCUGGCAGUGGGGCAGCUGCACACGCUGUGGGUGGAGUUCGCCAAGUUCUACGAGGAAAAUGGGCAGGUGGACGAUGCGCGCGUGGUAUUUGAGCGCGGCACGCAAGUGGAGUACGUUAAGGUGGAGCACUUGGCGGCAGUGUGGUGCGAGUGGGCCGAAAUGGAACUGCGCCAGCAGCAAUUCGAGGCUGCGCUCAAGCUAAUGCAACGCGCCACGGCAAUGCCAAAGCGAAAGGUUGCCUACCAUGACGAGACGGAGACGGUGCAAAUGCGUCUAUAUAAAUCCCUGAAGGUGUGGUCCAUGUACGCCGAUCUGGAGGAAUCUUUUGGCACUUUCAAAACCUGCAAGGCUGUGUACGAGCGCAUCAUUGACCUGAAGAUUUGCACGCCACAAAUUAUCAUUAAUUACGGCCUGUUUCUGGAGGAGCACAACUACUAUGAGGAAGCCUAUCGUGCAUACGAGAAGGGCAUUGCGCURUUCAARUGGCCGAAUGUCUACGAYAUAUGGAAUUCGUAUYURACGAAGUUCUUGAAGCGCUAUGGUGGCACCAAACURGAGCGUGCUCGCGAUCUWUUCGAGCAAUGCCUSGAYAAUUGUCCGCCGGAGCAUGCCAAGUACUUCUACUUGCUCUAUGCCAAGCUGGAGGAGGAGCACGGCCUAGCACGACAUGCCAUGGCCGUGUACGACCGAGCGACCAGCGCCGUCAAAGAGGACGAGAUGUUCGAUAUGUACAACAUAUUUAUCAAGAAGGCAGCCGAAAUUUACGGACUGCCACGCACACGCGAGAUCUAUGAGAAGGCCAUUGAGGCGCUGCCGGAGCAGAACAUGCGGCACAUGUGCGUCAAGUUCGCCGAGCUGGAGACAAAGCUGGGCGAGGUGGAUCGCGCCAGAGCCAUCUAUUCGCAUUGCUCACAGGUCUGCGAUCCUCGCAUUACCGCCGAUUUCUGGCAGACCUGGAAGGAGUUCGAGGUGCGUCACGGCAACGAGGACACAAUGCGUGAGAUGUUGCGCAUCAAGCGCUCGGUGCAGGCCACCUACAACACCCAGGUCAACAUGAUGGCAGCUCAGUUCCUCAAUACGAAUAGCGGUGCUGCAGCCGAUGCGGGCGCUGGCUCUGGCUCGGAUGCCAUGCGCAUGCUGGAGGAGAAGGCGCGACAAGCGGCAGCCGAGGCCAAGCAGAAGCCCAGCCAAACGACUUCUUCCAAUAUUAUGUUCGUGCGUGGCGAAACGCAAGGCGGCUCCAAGACCAAGGACAAUACGGUCGUUAAUCCUGAUGAGAUCGAUAUCGGCGACAGCGACGAGGAAGAUGACGAUGAAGAUGAAGCAGAAGACGCUGCAGAGCAGGCGCCAGAGGGCGACUCAGCUGCAGCUACGAAAACUGAUGCGGAGGGUCUCAUUAUGAAGAAGUUGCGCUUCGAACAAAAGGCAAUACCCGCCAAGGUCUUCGGUGGCCUGAAACCCAGCACUCAGCAAGACUCCGAUGAGGAAUAAGAAUAUAUCAGAAUUGCUGGAAAAAUGUGUUCUCAAUUAUGUAAUCUUUAGUUGAAAGUUCAAUUAAACA